GGUUAAUUCUUUACUGAUCAACUGGAAUAAAGGGAAAUAUUGUAACUGAGUAAACUAGCCAAGGAUGAAGAUACUGCCUCAAUGUAAAAACAAUAUGGAGCCCGAAAUUGAGGAAACGAAUAAGGAUAAUAUGAAAAGUUACAAAGAACCAACCAAAAGAUUGGAAAGCGAAUACAAAACAGAGAUCGACCAAAACUUGGUGCAGAUUCCGAUCGUGCAACCGACAUCAGACAACAAAUUCUUUCAAACAAGAAUGCAACCAGUUCGUCAUGAAGUUGAACAAACACCUGGUCGCACGAGGGCGCUAUCCACCCCGGACAUUAUCGUUACUGAAGGAUCAACUUUGUCAAAGUUUGCUCUUAAUUUAAGUUCUAAGUCCUCCACCAACUUAUCCACCCCCCGCAGUAGAAGGAAGAUUCCACCACGGAUCAAGAAAGGGAAACUAAGGUCGAUGAGUUCGCCGGAUCUACAAUCUCAGUAUGAACCAUCUUUAGAUCGCCUCCUCUCCAUGGACGACCCGGUUGAAGGACGAACGCAAACCCCCAACCGGAUCCUACUCCCCAAGAUGGAAGAAAACCCAAACAUUGGUUUAACUUUACAAUCCAUAUCCCGAUCUUCCACCCCUUAUUUUGACAAGGAUCCUUUGCUGGAUGUUGAAACACCAAGAAGAAACCCGACCCCGACAUACCCCAACCGCCACUGCAUGCUCACACCUCGUAAAUCUUUGUCCUCUAUUAAACUUGACCCACUGGGUGAUAAGAAGGACCCACCAUCCUCCCCAUAUAAGAGCCGUACCCGCCAUUAUAACGGCUCCCUCCCCCAAACCCCUAUACCAGGCCUGGGGUCAAGGACACCCUUGGAGCCAGUGAGGGAGGGUACAGAAAGAUCCACAUCAUCCCAGAUCAUCAAAGAUGGGGGAAGUGAUCACCCUUCCUCUCCUCCUCAAGAGCGGAAGCAGCAGUUCUUCUCAUGGGUCUUAUAAGAAGAAGAAAAAAGAUAAAACCUCGCAUCCAGUUGAUGGAGCAGUAGUUGGGAGUGUUCUCACAUCAGGGAUUUCCCCUCCCCUUGUGGAUAAUACUGACCAUGUAGACCCAACAAGGAAAGUGAUCGAUUUUGAAAGUCUUGCAACUAAAGUUUCAGAUGAAGUUGAUGGUAUGUAUCGUUUCAAUGCUGAGCCUAACGUGCCCGAAAAUCGAUUGAAAGUUAAGAACAAAAGCAGGUCGUCGGCGUCUGCUGUUCUUGUUCCCGCACUUAGGGUGGAGAGAUUUCAGCGGAAGAAAUUAUCGCAAAGUGCAACACCCAGAGUUGGAGUGAAUGAUCGGGUUAUGGGGGUUGGGAUGAAACUGGAUGAAAAACCAAAAGAUAUUUAUCCCUUUGUUGGAAAGGAAAGUUUGUUAAAUAAAAUGGAGAGUUUAACACCGGAUAUUGGAAGGAAAGAAAUGGUUUCUGUAGCUCGUAAUAAUGUGGAUUUCUACUUGCCCAAGGAGAAUGAACAAGAAGAAAAUAAAGAUUUAAAACGGAAACAUAAAACAGUUGAAUCUGAAGUGGUUUCUGUUAAUAAACAGAAUAAUAAAGACGGUUUGAAAACAAAGGGGCAAGAAAUAGAUCCACAGAAACCAGAGAUACAAAUAUUGUCCUCAGUGCCGGAGAAAGUUGAUAAACCAUCGUCGAUUAAUUUGUUUGUACCUGAGCAGGAUGACGCGGUAAAAAUAACAGUAACACUGACUGAUGACGUGGAUUCGAAAAGCGAGGCAAAGCUAGUUGGGGUGGGGAGAACCAAAACUAAGGUUUUGUCGGCGAAAGCAGCUGAAGCAACCAACAGGUUGUAUAAAUCUAAUGAUGGAAAAUCAAAGGUGGAUUUGAAGGGAGAGAAAAAGGUAGUGAAGUCAAGUAAAGCAAAGUUGAAACCAGCAGAUAAAAGUAAAGAACGAAAAAGCAGCGCUACGGCAAAAUUUGGUACAAA